UCUACUGCAGGGUUAUUGCUAUCUAACUGGUGGAGCCGACAGAUCUGCAGAGGCGCAGGCAUUCGUACAGUUGGGACGAUGCUGGGAUCGUCACAAGACGUGUAGGAUAUCCGUAGGAGAGUGCAAUACUUCUGCAGAAGGAAAGGAAACCGGGACACGCAGCAUAAUAAUAGAAGAAACACUUACGGCAACGUUUCAAAAUCGUGCAGGAAAUGAGAAUCGAGGAGGCCCUUAUUACUGUCAUCCUCUUUCUCAACGCCGUUCGGUCAUCCUCAGCUUCUGUGUGCUACGCUGGGCAGAUCUUUGAUGCAUCGCUGAAUUCUGCGCGGUGGGUGCUUCCGGUGACGGAGCCUUGCCGGUGCACCGCCGUAAGGCCCGGCGGGGUACUUACCACUGCCCCACUGUUGUCUGUUGCGCCCGUCGAUCGCGGUGGGGGCUUGCUUUUCUCCGAAGUUGCUGAAGAGUUUCUGACCCUCUUCAACUGCAAAGCUGCUUCCUGUGCCACUCUACCAGGGCCGGGGCACUGGAAGACCUUCGACCACUGCUAUCUAAUCGUAAAACAGAGGCUCAGCUACGAAGAGGCUGAAAGCCACUGUCAGGAACUCUCCCAACCGGGGAGAUCAGCUCACCUGGCGUCUAUUCUCAGCGCCGCGGAGAACGCCUUUCUGCUGCAGUACAAUGCCGCGGCCCUGCCGCAGAGCAAUUUUGCUGUGUGGAUCGGUUAUGAUAGGCUUAGUUUAGAUAAGUACCAGUGGGUAGAUGGGUCGAAUGGAAGUGGAUUCACUGAUUGGAGUCCGGGAGAACCGACUGGGGGUGUCGAGAAAUGCGCCGUGCUUUGGUAUGGUGUGCACUGGAAUGAUUGGGGUUGCUACAACAUAGCCCCUUUUGUUUGUAAAAUGCCUGCCCAAUAACAUUUUAAGUGAUAGUUUAUCUGCGCAUUCCUUGUCAUGUUAUGAUGUAAAUUGAAAAGGGAAUGCAAUGUAUAAUGUCGACAUAUGCGUGUUACAGUUUAUGAACCUUUCAUGGGCUCACUUUAGGCUCAGUGUGCUGCAAGCAGUCAGAUUCGUGGACAUUCGGAAGGCUUCAUUAUAGGCACAAUUUUUACCUGUAGGGCCUAACAACAAAGACGAGUGUUGACGGAAAGCGUGUACACUUUAUGAGGCGUAAAGCCACAUCACUUGUCGCCGAGCGUCCCAACGAGGCUGGCUUCGCACUGUGAUUGACUGCUUCGUGUACGACCUCCGACCGCGAGGUUAUCAUUUCCUGUUAGCGAAGCGUUAUUCUAAUUUUUUGUUCGCCAAUAGCUGUGCUUUGGCUCGGGCUAAAGUGUCAGCUUUUAUGAUAAAAACAUAGCCUUGUAACAAUCACAGUGAUUUAUCUUCUCACUAAAGUAUCUCUGAUCAGGUGUCUUUUGGUGGUCAUUGGUUUAUCUUGAUCGAUUUGGAUGAACUAAUAAAGUGAAGAGAAAAUAUUUUCGGCAAUGAGGAAGAAAAAGAAAAAGUCACAUUGAGCUAGCUCUCGUGCCUGGCAGAAAUUUAUCCACAAUGCUCUGCACGUCGCUAAAUGUGACCGUGCGUGACGUAUUUAUUCAUCUGUGUAAGGUCGUCAGCCCUUCCCAGCGCCCUGCUCGUCAUGCUUUGUUUACAAAUGCACUCUCCUGUGGGGAAUCGAUGGAUCGCGUCCCACCUCACAGCCAUAGGAAAGCGCACAAUAAACUGUGACGUGUGUUACAUGCCUGUUGUUUCCAAUGGAGACUUUGAGACGCUUGGUGGCGGCACAUAUACCAGGCCCACGUGACCUGUCCACGAUUGGUUGCGUCAUCCUGAGCUGAGUACCUUAGAAUGAGUGGUAACGUGAGGCCAGUAUGUUUAGGGCAACCAGGUGUCUAAAAAGUCUCCCAAUGAUCUAAACCUGUGAAUAUUACCUGACAUUUAGCGUAGGAAGGUUGACUGAGCGGAUGCUCAAUUUCUUUGUUGAAUGCAUUUUGGAAAAAUAAUCGUCGUUUGCCAAAUUUCACUCGAAAAGAUUGUAUUGUCAUUCUUAGAGUCAGAGAGAAAUAUUUGAUGACAGAAGUUUAUUGCACCCGAUCCGACUACCCACCACUACUUAUAAGUGAGGCCUGUGCAGCUAAACAGCCAUGCUCUAACUGUGGUGGUAAUAUAUUAUCGUAUGAUGUAGGCACAGCAGGCACACCUAAAAGUGAGGCUUGUUCGAGCCUCCUGCUUCCCAAGUUUUUUGACGCUGACUAGCCUCACUUAUAAGUG